CUGGCUGGGACAGGUACUGGGAGAAGCCUCCGGGAAGGGGAUCCAACUCCUGCCCAGGGAAGGGAUGUCCUCCAUCAGGGACACGAUCCUCUGCUCCUGGGAGCACCCCUCAGGACAGGACGGUGUGGGUGUCCAGAGGUGCUUCCCCAGGAGCAUCGGGCAAGUCUGACCCCAUCCUCAUGUCCCUGCAACCCUCUUGCCACACUGGCCACCACAGCUGGGUGGGGACGUGGCACCCCGAAGGGGCGGCACCCUAUUUUGGGGGGACACGUGUGCUCCAAGGGGACGCGUUUGUCUGCCUGGCAGGGAAGGGGUUAAGGCCGGCGGGGUUUUGGGGUGCCGGGGUGUCCCCAGCUGGGUACACCCAGGCUGCUCCUCGCACGGGUGACCUCACGCCACUGCCAUGGCAACGGCUCGUGAAGUCACCGGGAGCGGGGCGGCUGCCUCGAGCUGGGGGUGCUGGGGCGGGGCGCGUCCCCCCCGCCCGCUGCCCGCGGCCCCGCAUGAGCCGUGUCCCCGGCAGCGCCCACGCCUCCGCCUGACCCCCGUCCUGCCCGCCGUGCCCGUGUCACCGUGCCCGAGGUGUCACAUGCUCGUCAAGGAGUACCGCAUCUGCAUGCCGCUCACCACCGAGGAGUACCGCGUGGGGCAGCUCUACACCAUCAGCAAGCACAGCCACCAGGAGAGCGAGAAGGGCGAGGGCGUGGAGGUGGUGAAGAACGAGCCCCACGAGGACCCGGUGCACGGCCCCGGGCAGUUCACUGAGAAGCGAGUCCACCUCUCCAGCAAACUGCCAAGCUGGGCACGGGCAGUGACCCCCCGCAUCUUCUACAUCACCGAGAAGGCCUGGAACUACUACCCCUACACCAUCACGGAGUACACGUGCUCCUUCCUGCCCAAGUUCUCCAUCUACAUCGAGACCAAGUACGAGGACAACUGCGGGGACAGCGAGAAUAUCUUCCACAGUGACAAAAUCCUGGGCGACCACGAGGUCUCUUUCCUGGACAUCGCCUUCGAUGAGAUCCCUGAGCGCUACUACCGCAGCCUGGAGGACCCCCGUUUCUUCAGCUCGGCCAAGACGGGCCGGGGGCCGCUGCGGGAGGGCUGGCGCCAGCACACCAAGCCCAUCAUGUGCUCCUACAAACUGGUGAGCGUCAAGUUUGAGGUGUGGGGGCUGCAGACACGGGUGGAGCAGUUCGUGCACAAGGUGAUCCGGGACAUCCUGCUGAUCGGGCACCGGCAGGCUUUCGCCUGGGUGGACGAGUGGUGCGGGAUGACGAUGGAGGAGGUGCGGCGCUACGAGCAGGAGACGCAGGAGGCCACCAACGAGCUCAUCGGCCUGGUGGCACCGGCCAUCUCCGUCAGCGAGGUGGGGCAGCCCACGGCCACGCACUCGGCCCCUGCCAGCGCCCCCUCCACUCCCCUCAGCGACGAGGCCCCCGAGUUCCUGGCUCCCCCCAAGACUCGCCCGCGGAAGAAGUCGGCGCCGGAGACCCUGACGCUGCCCGCGCUGCGGGAACGCGCUGGCGCCGAGUGACGCCGGCAGUGCCACUCCGUGCUGGACUGUGCCAGCUCUGCCGCCCACCCUGCCCCCCCCGACACGCGAAGAGCCCAGGGAGGGACCCGGACCCGCUGCCAGGGCGCUGGCAGCCCUGGAGUGCGCUGGCCUC